ACAACCGACACGACGGGUGAACAGAACACCAAUGAGAUAGUGUAUGGGGGCGGGUGUUAUGGGAGCUUGACGUCAUGGUGUGGAAGAGAUAGGAGGAGGAGGAGUGAGUUUGUGCUGCAGCGGAGAAUGACAGGAUGAGAGAGAGGGAGAGCAAAAAAAGAUAGAGCAAGAGACGGAGAUGCUUGGCUGAAUCGGGUAUUCACUUAGCAGCCAGAGGAAAACAUGGAGAUGGGGAGUAAUGACUGAAUAUACGUUGUUCUGCGAUACUUCAGAGAUUUUGUCAGGCAGCAGGAUUUGAUUUUGAUAUCGUGGGAGCUCCGAGGAAUUGCAUUAUGUCUGUGUGAAGAACCGGCAAAGCUGUCCUCGAGAUUAACACUCAUGUUACGAGUCAGCAUGCUGGAUUGCAAAGCCAGGUGCAGUGGUAAGCCUAGAUGUACAGCAGCAAGCAGAACUCAUCUGUAGAGGACAACUGACCGCACCCGACUCCUCUUUUGGUCUCAUAAAUAGGGGUCAGCUUCAUUACCUGCCUCCCCUGCCUUGGAGACUGUGAAGCAUGUCGAAUACCAGGGGGCUUCCUCAAUGAAACCACAGUGAAGAGAACAAAAUAAAAAAUAUUCAUGUCAGGGCUUUGGUUAACACAUCCUGUCCCCUGCGGAGUGGACUGACCCAGCAGGUGCUUCCAGAUGAGAGAUUAACAGCCUGGUGACGACUACAGGUUCUGCUGCGGGUCGGGCAGCACCUCUACAUGAUCACAUGACUCUUGAUAUGGAUGCGGUCCUGUCAGACUUUGUUCGGUCCACAGGGGCAGAACCUGGUCUGGCAAGAGACCUGCUGGAAGGUAAAAACUGGGACUUGAGUGCUGCCUUGAAUGACUAUGAGCAGCUGCGACAGGUCCACACUGCCAACCUCCCCCAGGUCUUCAACGAGGGACGGUACUACAAACAGCAGGAGCGGGACCAACCCCAGCCACUGAACAAGAUCGAGCGGACUGGUCUUCAGAGACAGGAUGACAUUGCUCAAGAAAAGCGUCUCUCCCGGGGAAUCUCUCACGCAAGCUCAGCCAUAGUCUCCCUGGCUCGCUCCCACGUUGUGAGCGAGUGCAGCAGCGAGCUGUUCCCUCUGGAGAUGCCUAUUUACACAUUCCAGCUACCCGACCUCAGCGUGUACAGUGAAGACUUCCGGAGCUUUAUUGAGCGGGACUUGAUAGAACAGUCAACCAUGGUGGCAUUAGAACAAGCAGGUCGUCUGAACUGGUGGGCCACCAUGUGCACCAGCUGCAAGCGUCUUCUUCCGUUGGCCACGACCGGGGAUGGAAACUGUCUCUUACACGCAGCCUCUUUAGGAAUGUGGGGAUUCCAUGACAGGGACUUGGUGUUGAGGAAAUCCCUCUAUGCCAUGAUGAAGAGUGGUGCUGAGCGUGAUGCCUUGAAGAGACGGUGGAGAUGGCAACAAACGCAGCAAAACAAGGAGUCUGGUUUAGUUUACACAGAAGACGAGUGGGAGAAGGAGUGGAGUGAGCUGCUCAAACUGGCUUCCAGUGAACCUCGCACACACUUCAGCAAAAAUGGAGGCAGCGGUGGAGCCGUUGACAAUUCGGAGGACCCUGUGUAUGAAAGUCUGGAAGAGUUCCAUGUUUUUGUGUUGGCUCACGUGCUGCGACGGCCCAUCGUGGUGGUGGCGGACACCAUGCUCAGAGACUCUGGGGGAGAAGCAUUUGCACCAAUUCCAUUUGGAGGCAUCUAUUUACCUCUGGAAGUCCCACCUAACCGCUGCCAUUGCUCCCCGCUUGUCCUGGCCUAUGACCAGGCCCACUUCUCUGCACUGGUAUCCAUGGAGCAGAAGGACCAGCAACGGGAACAAGCGGUAAUUCCUCUGACUGACUCUGAACACAAGCUGCUGCCUCUGCACUUUGCUGUUGAUCCUGGGAAGGACUGGGAGUGGGGGAAGGAUGACAGCGACAACACCAAACUGGCCAAUCUUAUCCUGUCUUUGGAAGCAAAGCUUAACCUGCUACACAACUACAUGAAUGUAACAUGGAUCCGCAUUCCAUCUGAAACAAAGGCUCCUCUGGCUCAGCCAGAGUCUCCCACAGCCUCAGCGGGCGAGGACGUCCAGUCUCUGGCUGACUCCAUGGACUCCGACCGAGAAUCUGUCUGUAGCAACUCCAAUGUCAACAACGGCAAGCCCAGCAAAGAGAAGGAGAAGGACAAGCAGAGGAAGGAGAAAGACAAGAACCGGACAGACUCUGUAGCCAACAAACUUGGAAGUCUUAGCAAAACCCUGGGGAUCAAGCUGAAGAAGAACAUGGGAGGGCUGGGGGGCCUGGUUCAUGGAAAAAUCAACAAAUCCAACGUGAGUAACGGCCGGAAUGGGGAAAACGGUGAGAAGAACAAGAAGAAGGAAUCAAAAUCCCGCAAAGGGAGCAAAGAGGAAUCCGGACAGUCCUCCAGCACCUCCCCAUCGGAAAAGACUACCAGCCCAUCUCCCACCGAUAGGGCAUCGGGAACAUCUCCAGUGGAGAAGCGCAACAGCUCAGUGAAACCCCCUGGUGAGAAACAGUCAGACCAAUGGAAGUACAGCACCGACGUGAAGCUGAGUCUGAACAUCCUCAGAGCAGCCAUGCAAGGGGAACGAAAGUUCAUCUUCGCAGGUCUACUUCUGACCAGCCAUAGACACCAGUUCCAUGAGGAGAUGAUUAGCUUUUACCUAACCAACGCCCAGGAACGAUUCAGUGCAGAGCAGGAGCAGAAGAGGAAGGAGUCUGAAAAGAAGCCAGUUGUCAAUGGGACAGCUGCAAAGAAACCAGAGCAGGAAACGUUCCAGAAAGAAAAGGCAGAAAGCUCACCGCGACAGGACUCCUCUCCAGUCUUGCACCAAAGCCAUACUUCACAGCUGGUUUUGAAACUGCAGGAUCGGCACAGCCCCACACCAGGCUCUUUCUCCUCACCUAGCAAUGGUGCUAAGAAAUCUGGGCCCAUCCCAGUAUCUGCCCACUAUAGCCAUACCCCACCUAUCCAGAGGCAAAGUGUCAUUCAUCUUCGAGAUGUCAACUUGAAGUCCUCAAACUUCCAGGACAACACAUACAAGCCCAAAGUUGGCACCCUAAAGACGUGUGCCACAUAUCCCCAGCAGAACCGCUCACUGUCCUCUCAGAGCUACAGCCCGGCUCGCUUGUCAGGGAUCCGUACAGUGAACACGGUAGAGUCUCUGUCCUACUCCAUGCCUGGGGAUCACAAAUCCCACACUUACACCAACGGCUUCAAUGCCAACGAUGUUCGGGACUGUUUGGAAUAUGCAGACGAGGAUUCUCCCCAGGCCUGGUUAAACCAUGACAGAACCAAAGGUCACAGCACAGUGUGCCCACCCUACUUGAUCCAACAAAAACGGUGCAAGAAGGAGAACUGUUCCUUUUACGGCCGGUCAGAGACUGACAACUUCUGUUCGUACUGCUACAAAGAGGAGAUGAAACAUAGAGAAAGGGAAGGCAAGAACCACAGGCUUGGAUAGUCUAUACUGCAGCACCAGCCCACAUUAUCGGCUGGUUGAAGCAGCAUCAACAGGAGUCCUCUUUUGUCCUGAAGCUCUAAAGGAUAGAAUCUUCUCCUCAGCACUUAGUGAAUUAUCUACAGUGGAUCAUAACAAAUGUCCUACUCUAUUACAAAUAACUGUUUUCUGGUUUUUUUCUUGUUACUUCUCUCAAUACUACUCUCAAUAUCAAGGGACACUGUCACUUGAUAUUACACUUUGUGGAGCUGAGAAUUCCAUUUACAGCUUUGGCCAGGGAUUUUUAUUUUUCCAAAAUUUAGUUUAGAGAUACAUUUUAGUUCAAUAAAUCAAAAAGGUUACCCACACUUUACCCUGUUGCUCUUAAUUGCUGACAACUUCUUUGGCAUAAACAUAAAUAAUUGCUGCACUGCGAGAAAAACACAGUGUGUAGCACAUAAAAGAUAACAAAUAUCUGGGUAAAGCAAAGAUCAGGGAUGGCGUGCAAAGAGAUAAAAAAAAAAAAGGAUCAGUAGAAAUCACCACGUUGAACCAAAUUAUCAGAGUAAGAAGGAUGUGUACAAUUGACUAUGUCCAUAAAAAUAAAUCCUUAUGUCUUCAUGGAUGUUUAACUCAUUAGAAAUUAAAUUUAAACUCCAGAAAAUUACAAACGUUUGGAAGUCAUUUCUUACAGCAAUAAAGGCAUUGGUGUAAAUGUAUGUAUUAUAAUGCUACCAUAAGGCUUCUCCCUAUGGUUUUGUACAGGUUAAGAAAAAAAAGCCAUAGAAACUCAGUUUGGUUUAAGCAAUACAGCAGACUGCAGACCCAAGCCAUAUCUGUAACCUGACAAGAUGUCUGGCAGCCGAAAUCUAAAAAAUAAAGUCAACACAGGUUUUUAAAUCUGUUGUUUAAACUGCUUGCUAAAUCCUGCUGCUUUACAUUAGUCAGCGACAAUUCUAAGUAAAAAUGCUAGUUUUCUUUUUUCCUCUCACUGCUACGUUUGUGAUAGAUAUAAAAAGCAGUUGCUGCUAACAUGCACAAAUUCCUGUAGAACACACGUGCCAAAAACAAUUAAAAAAAAUGGAUUUUGCCCAUUUGAAAAGUAUAGAUUCGCAGUUGUUCUCAGGUAUAGUAUAGUGAAAUAGAAUGCUCCCCAGAGCUUUUUGCUUGCUGAUUUAAGUUCUACAUUAAAGAAAAUAGUGUUCAUGACACAUUAUGCACAGGCAAAGACACACAGGAGUGCAGCUUGGUGAUCAAAACAACCAACUAGAAAACACUGACGAGAAGUAACAACCUACAUUAAAGGCAUCACCCAAGUUAGGCUACACUGAAAAUAUGUAUUUAAUGUUGUAAAAUUAUUAUGCAGGCUUCAGUAUAUACGGUAGGUGUGCCCGACAGACGGUUCCUUUGAUUAGCUUGUAAAGUUUAAUGCACUGCCCGCCAGCAUUAAUAGUCCUACCGCCACCAGAUUGACAGGUAUUAGAAUAAUAUGGCUAUAGCUUAAUAAAGGUAACGGAUAAGACUACCACAGUGAUCUUCAUACCCGAUCAUAAAUGCUGGUUCAUACUUCAGUCUUGUGACUAGACGGUUGUGCAAUGCAACCAGCUACAAUUCAACCCUGGCGAUCACUGUCUCUCGGGUGAGCAGAGACAGGUCACAUGAUUAUCAAGACGAGUAAUCUCCCUUAGCUACUGUUGCGCGAUCGUGGUAUGAACCAGCCUGAAUUGGAUGUAUCCUAGAGGUUUUGGCGUUACAGAUUUAGCAAUAGUAAUAGCUGCAAUUGCUUGCUUAAAUAUUUUUCUCAAUGGAAUUCAACGCCUGAAUUCUGUCAAAACUGACAUGCUGCACUGUGCAGUGGCUGUAUGACUAAGUGGGGGAAUUUGAUCCACAGCUAGAUUUUAUUACAGCACAUUUUUACAGCACUGAGGGAGCUGGCACCUAUUUUUAGUGGUAAUUCUAGGAUAUCUAUGUAGGGGUUCAUUUGUGCAGUAUUGCACCGGAUCCCAGAUCCGGUUCCUUUUUGUCUGACAGGCGUGAACUGUACAGUUUGCAAAUCAUGAACCGUAUGAACCAACAAAAACCUACCGCUUCUUCAGAUUAGUCAGCCACUGGUAUUGUUCAAACCUGCAGAUUAUGUUAAAACAUGGCUUGGCAAAGGUUGACCACCAACAAUAAGGCUGAUACAAUCCAGGAGGAUACCCAGUGUUGUAAAAUGGUGAUCAAAUUGUCCUCUAAAUAGCAGACAGGCAGGCGCUCCUGUCAAGCUCUAGUCCAUUUAUGCAUUAACGAUACUUCAGGUGAUGCUGUACAGCAAACCAACUCUGAGAAGUGCUGCUACAGUCUCAUUUACAAUAGACAUCAAAAUAUACUGACGAUUUUUCGGUCACUCCGAAAGGUCAGUUCCACUGUUUAGUGUAGUAGCACACAGGUACAGUUUAUUAAAGUGUCCCAAAUUGAUACAUUGUGUUUGGCUGCACUUAAAUGUAUUGGUAUGCAAAAUGCUAUAGUGUAAUGUACUGUACUGAAUGUUCUCCCUGACCAUGACUGUAACUGUUUUUUCAGCUCAAAUUAUAUUUGUACUCCACAUACUGCAGUUAUCUUCCUUCUUUGUAUGCAAGUUUCAUGGACUCUCACCGUUAGAAAUGUAAAAUAUUGUUUUAUAUUAAUUUGAGAAUUGUACACUACUUUAAAUUAUUCAUUUGCACAUUAGAUGCUGAUGUAAAUAAUGAAAAAAAAUAGUUUAUUGUUUUAAAAAAAAAACAGAGAGGUGUUUGUGUGUUUUGUUUGUGGACUAGAGAAUGUGAUAUGUUGGGAAUUUACAAGCCAAGGUUAAAUUGUAAUAUAGAAAUUAUUUUUAUAUUAUUUUCACAAAAUGCCGCAAAGCAAUAUUUUGCGCUUUUUCUUACGGACACAGUUGUCACUUUGGUAGGUUGUUUUACUGCAGAACUGUUAGAAGAAAAUAACCUUGAAAAAAAAAUGAAAAAAUAAGAGCUUUGUAAAGAAGUGUUUUAGGUUAUGAAUAUUUAGCUUUUGGUAGAUGAGACAUGUAAUAAUUCAUAUACAUGAAGUUGCUUUAUUUUUUAUUCUCUAUAUAUUACUUUAUACUUUAACUUAUGUUCUGGACAAGCUGUCAUCAUAUACAUACAGGGAUGGGCAUGAAAUUGUUUUUUUUUAUUUUAUUUAUUUAUUUUUAAACACCUUAUUACAUGCAGCUACUAAAACUGGCACUGACUUAUCUGAUCACAUGUAAAUAACCAUGGGAGAAGCGUAUACAAAAUUACUAAAUGCAGACUGGCACUUUCUACUACAGUUACAGUACUCCAGUGUGACAUGGUAACUGAAUACACACGUCACUACCAAUCCUUUGUUCAAAAUCUGAACAGAGUGACCAAGUCCAGAUCUGACAGCUAUGCAGGUCUUGUGUUAAAUAAAAAAUAAAAUAAAAAUAAAAAAAAUACCUCCUGAACUCUUUCAAAUUGAUCCUAGUGUCACACACUGUGGUCUCUGGGUCUUCCACUUGUAAUAAAACACACUUAGCAGGCUAGAAGUAAUUAACUAGCAUCAUAUUAUUGCACUAUGCUUGUGUAUAGAAUUAGUAUGUUACUGUUUUGCAAGGGAUAAUCAGUGACAAGUGGUACCAAUGUAGACUAUUAGAAGUGAAUUCUGCAUUGUGCUAAACCCACAAGAUACAGCCCUCUAUUUAAGAGGGAAGCACUGCAACAAGACCUCUGCUUGUGCACCUCUGCAGACCCAUUCACGUGUUAUUCAAUCAUACCUUACAAAGGCUUUUGCUAAGGGGAACAGGGGGCCUAACCCUACAUAUUUCAUAUUCAUCCCCUAUAUUAAAAGCUAGUGUUCCCUACCAAAGACUAGUAGGUGAAAUGGUGCACAGGACUAAUGUAAGAAAUCCACUCUGAAAAAAAACACAAAAAAAAAAACAAACACGUCACUUACUCUGCACAAUUGCCAGUCACUACAACAAUUGCAACAAAACAACAAAAGCCUGUUUAGUUAUUAUUAUUAUACUGCCAUGUUUGUCAGACAAAACCUUACAAAAGGAGACAAAAAUAAAGAAAUAAAAUCUUCCGGUUGUAAAGCC